GACAUUUCCUGCAGUUUCCCAACAGUCAAACGCAAGGUCGUUUCAGCAGCCAUGGAGUGCUUCCAUAUGCGCCAAGAGCUGCCGCCCUCCGUUCGCAACCAGCUUGAAGCUGUGCAGUCUUGGCCUUUGUGUCUCACCAGGACCAUCCCAUUACCUCAUGACGCAAAGGAUAGUCCGAAUGUGGAGACACCAUCAGCAACAAGCUGCUCAGGAUCCUCCUUUUUGGAAGAAGAAAAUGGCCCAAGUGAGAAAAACAGGGAAGAGCUUCAGAAGCAUAAUGCGAACUUCAAGAUGCUCUAUGACAUGCAGCAACAGCUGAUCGCCACCCUUCAGGAGCAACUUCGCGUCCAAGAGAUUGAUUUGGACAGCAUGAAGCAGGUGAAUGCAUGGCAGGAAAAGGAGCUGGCCUCCUUGAAAAGCCAGCUUCAGAGGCCCUUUGACGGUGAGAAGAGGCAUUUGCCAGAACCAGAUGAAUCCGAGGCCAAAUCCUUGGAAAAGCUGAAGUCAGAGCUGGCCAAUAUGAGCGCUGAGUGGACUUUGCACCGUGAGCAGGCGGAUGCACACGCCAUGGAAGCAAUGGCAACCUCUGUGCAAGCUGGCUGGAAGGCGGCAUGCGCUUUGCCCCACGAAAGCACCGUGUCAUUGCGGACAUCCGUGGUCCCUGCUGACAAGACGGAGUUCAGUUUCGUGGAGUGGCUUUUUACAAGGUCAUUGGUAAAGCAUCGGCAUGCUCGAGAUCCAUCACUGUGGUGCCCAACCGCUCGUGUCAAGGUGUUGGAGGUACAAAAGAUUGAAAACAGGACAUUUUUGAAGAGGUAUGCACAGCGGCGAGAGGAACUAUUGGAAGAAAGGGCUGGACAGAGUUGCGAACCCUUGCAAGACAUCGAGACAUUGAUUGGGAAGUCUCUCCAGAAUCAACGAUCCAUUGAAGAAGUUUGUCAUUGCCCAGACUCUGGGGUGAACUUCAAUGAAGUGCUCCUUUUUCACGGAUCACCCAGUGCAAAGAUCAACGGAAUCUUGACCAGCGGAUUUGAUCCUCGAUAUGCUGGUCUUGGCACUGGUGCCAUGUUUGGGCAAGGGAGCUAUUUCGCCCACAAUGCCUCAAAGUGCUUCCGCUAUGCCGGCGAUGAUGAUGUGGAACGCAAGAAUGGAGGCUUGCGCCAGACUGUGCUUGUAGUCAGAGCCUUGCUGGGCAAUCCACACUACCAAAAACUCAUGUGCCCGGAGCGAAGAAUGCCACCCGCCAACAGCGACUCGGUGGUAGCCCUUACAAAAGCCGAAGGCGGAUGUGUGGAUCAUAGAGAGUACGUCUUGUACGACAAGGCUUCGGUUCUGCCACUCUAUCUCAUUGAAUUUGAGCACUUGCCAGAUUGCCGAUGCCAGAUGUGCAGUCCUCAAGAUUAGCAGAUCAGAAGAUCUUUGCACUUCCCAAGGUCGGGAUUGCUUGAACCGUUGGAACCCUGACACGCAAAAGAUUGCACCAAAAAACUCUGGUACGGUAUUCCACUGUUUGGCAGUUUGGUAGUUCUUUGAAGCCCCUUCAGUUAGAGGCAAGCAAGUUGCCAGAUUCUGGUGGCUUUUGGCACCACAACAACCACAAGCCGGCUGCCGCAGAUUGAAACGAAGUCAAGAUUUCAGAAACAGCCGGUUUGCUGUACCUCCUUACUAUGUGGUGCUGCGGGAGUUUUAGCUCUUCUGGGCGACGAAGCACUGCCAGGAAAUGAGAGCAAAAGAUGCCACCUGCCGACAGCAACCCGUGGUAUCACUGCAAAACGAGAAUUUGUCCUAAGUGGAUGACUGGGAGGCGAGUUACUUGAAGCAGCUUCUGCGGCAUUCAGCAAGCUGCCCAAAAUUUUUGCACCGCAGAGAGACAAGGACGACAAAGGCAAUCAUUCAGCUUGACAGCCUUGCUGGGCUUGCUGAACCAAAACUCUUUCACCCAGAGCGUAGGAUGCCAACCGCCAACAGCGACUAGGCAUCUGGUAGCCCUGGUGAAGAUGCAGAGAGUUCAUGAUGAGAGCGAUAAGAGAGAAUCUCCCCAAAGCAAAGGCUGCCUUUGUCAAAGAUCAAGCACUGGUGGUAGUAGUCUCACGUGUUUCGGUGCUUUUUUGGCGCUCUGCGCCACUGUGCAAGUUUUGCACGGGCUUGCUUCUCUAGAGAAGCGUGAUAGAGUCUGUGAAUUAGUUUUACUGCCGAGUUUGUGAAGUACAGAGGCGGGCUCACCUGCUGCCAAAUUUUCUCAAAGAGCUUGCUUGGCUUGUGCUCAGAGCCAGAUCACAAA